GUGAAACUCUCCUCCUCCGCUCCCUAUCUUCCUCCCUCUCUUUCCACCAUAACAAUCACAAAACAUAGUAACCACCAUAAUCCCCAAGCAACAAUGGCCCUCCUGAGCCUCCUCAACACAACCUGGACUUUACACCGACUCUCCCCGCUGCACCAUGGCAAAGAAUUCCCCUCCCUGCUUGACAACCACCACGCCCUGCAGACCUACGCAGCCCGCCUCCGCGACCACCUCACCGGCACCUCCUCCGUCUCCGGCGCAACCUUCACAACAAUUGGCGCCUCCGACGAGGCAGACCCCCGGUCGAAAACCGGCGCCCUACUCUCCUGCACCUGGGAACCCAUCCCCACGCUCUCCCUGUCCGGCCACACAACCACCACAACCACCCGGGCGAUAACCACCACGAACCCCUCGCCCUCUCCCUCUCCCUCGCCCUCCACAAACACCAACACCAACGACCCAACCCCCUCCCGCCCCCGCGGCCGCCCGCGCCGCCCAGCAACCACCCCGGGCACCCCCGGCGCCGGCAUCCUAAUCACCCUGACCUACGAAACCCAAACCUACCGCGCCGCCCUCCUCACGCCCUCCGCCGUAUCCUCCACCGCUACCACCUCCACAACAACCAGCGCACCCUCCCCAUCAAGCUCCCACGCCCGCUCCCACGCCCCGCACCGAACCCUCCGCUCGCACGCCCACACCCAAACAACCCAUCUCCCCCUCCUCCUCACCAAACUCCCCGCCCCGCUCCGCCACACCUUCCUGGCCUUUCUAUCUGCGACGUUCGACACGUACGCCGCGGGCUUGACCCUCCCGUCUGGGUUCCUGGGUGGGUCGUUGGAGGGGUAUCUCUCCUACGUUCGCGAGGAGGCUCGCAAAGUUGGGGGCGGGGCUGGGGUUGAGGGUGGCGGUGAUGAUGUGGUCGGGGCAGUGGUUCGGGAUGUGCAUAUCGUGUUGGGGUUUCAGGGGCCGGUGGCGCCGGGGUUGCGCGGGUUGGAUGUUUGUUUGCCGCGGGGGGUGGUUGGGGGUUUAGUUGGGGGGGUUUCUGAGGAGGAUCAGUCCGGGGGUGGGGAUGUGUUAGGCAAGAUCGCGGGGUAUCUGGAUACGCAUCUGGCGAUGAGGGUGGAUUUGAAAGAGGGGAAGGGGCUUGAGGGUGGGGAUGUGGUGCGGGUGACGAGGGUUAGUUGUGGGGGGUUUAUGUUGGGCGCGGAUGGGAAGAUGAAGUUGGUUGGGGUUGCCGGUGCUGGUGCCGGUGCCGGUGCCGGGCAGGUGGGUGCUGAGGAUGGUGAGGAGAAGGACGACGAGGAACACGAUGAUGGGGGACUUCCUCCUCCUGCUGCUGGCGCUACUGUGUUGAGUCUUAAGGAUCGGGUUGCCUUACGCGCCGCUGAGAUGCUGCUUCUAGACGUGGUGCGGCGAGCAGCCGGGGUGGAGGGUGAGAGCCAUGGGUCUCUUGAAGGCUGA